UCAAACGCGGCGGCGGGAGGCGCGGGGCGGAGCAGAUCGCAGACGAGCCGGGGCCGCAGAGCCACCAGUGGGGAGAUGUUAAAGUUCAAAUAUGGAGCGCGGAAUCCUUUGGAUGCUGGUGCUGCUGAACCCAUUGCCAGCCGGGCCUCCAGGCUGAAUCUAUUCUUCCAGGGGAAACCACCCUUUAUGACUCAACAGCAGAUGUCUCCUCUUUCCCGAGAAGGGAUAUUAGAUGCCCUCUUUGUUCUCUUUGAAGAAUGCAGUCAGCCUGCUCUGAUGAAGAUUAAGCAUGUGAGCAACUUUGUCCGGAAGUAUUCCGACACCAUAGCUGAGUUACAGGAGCUCCAGCCUUCGGCAAAGGACUUUGAAGUCAGAAGUCUAGUAGGUUGUGGUCACUUUGCUGAAGUGCAGGUGGUGAGAGAGAAAGCAACCGGGGACAUCCAUGCUAUGAAAGUGAUGAAGAAGAAGGCUUUAUUGGCCCAGGAGCAGGUUUCAUUUUUUGAGGAAGAGCGGAACAUACUAUCUCGAAGCACAAGCCCGUGGAUCCCCCAAUUACAGUAUGCCUUUCAGGACAAAAAUCACCUUUAUCUGGUCAUGGAAUAUCAGCCUGGAGGGGACUUGCUGUCACUUUUGAAUAGGUAUGAGGACCAGUUAGAUGAAAACCUGAUUCAGUUUUACCUAGCUGAACUGAUUUUGGCUGUUCACAGUGUUCAUCAGAUGGGAUAUGUGCAUCGAGACAUCAAGCCCGAGAACAUUCUCAUUGACCGCACAGGACACAUCAAGCUGGUGGAUUUUGGAUCUGCUGCAAAAAUGAAUUCAAACAAGAUGGUGAAUGCCAGACUCCCAAUUGGGACCCCGGAUUACAUGGCUCCUGAAGUGCUGACUGUGAUGAAUGCGGACGGAAAAGGCACCUACGGCCUGGACUGUGACUGGUGGUCAGUGGGCGUGAUUGCCUAUGAGAUGAUUUAUGGGAGAUCCCCCUUCGCAGAGGGAACCUCUGCCAGAACCUUCAAUAACAUCAUGAAUUUCCAGCGGUUUUUGAAGUUUCCAGAUGACCCCAAAGUGAGCAGUGACUUUCUUGAUCUGAUUCAAAGUUUGUUGUGUGGCCAGAAAGAGAGACUGAAGUUUGAAGGUCUUUGCUGCCAUCCUUUCUUCUCUAAAAUCGACUGGAAUAACAUUCGUAACUCUCCUCCCCCCUUCGUUCCCACCCUCAAGUCUGACGAUGACACCUCCAAUUUUGAUGAACCAGAGAAGAAUUCGUGGGUUUCAUCCUCUCCGUGCCAGCUGAGCCCCUCAGGUUUCUCGGGUGAAGAACUGCCGUUUGUGGGGUUUUCGUACAGCAAGGCACUGGGGAUUCUUGGUAGAUCUGAGUCUGUUGUGUCGGGUCUGGACUCCCCUGCCAAGACUAGCUCCAUGGAAAAGAAACUUCUCAUCAAAAGCAAAGAGCUACAAGACUCUCAGGACAAGUGUCACAAGAUGGAGCAGGAAAUGACCCGGUUACAUCGGAGAGUGUCAGAGGUGGAGGCUGUGCUUAGUCAGAAGGAGGUGGAGCUGAAGGCCUCUGAGACUCAGAGAUCCCUCCUGGAGCAGGACCUUGCUACCUACAUCACAGAAUGCAGUAGCUUAAAGCGAAGUUUGGAGCAAGCACGGAUGGAGGUGUCCCAGGAGGAUGACAAAGCACUGCAGCUUCUCCAUGAUAUCAGAGAGCAGAGCCGGAAGCUCCAAGAAAUCAAAGAGCAGGAGUACCAGGCUCAAGUGGAAGAAAUGAGGUUGAUGAUGAAUCAGUUGGAAGAGGACCUUGUCUCAGCAAGAAGACGGAGUGAUCUCUACGAAUCUGAGCUGAGAGAGUCUCGGCUCGCUGCUGAAGAAUUCAAGCGGAAAGCGACAGAAUGUCAGCAUAAACUGUUGAAGGCUAAGGAUCAAGGGAAGCCUGAAGUGGGAGAAUAUACGAAACUGGAGAAGAUCAAUGCUGAGCAGCAGCUCAAAAUUCAGGAGCUCCAAGAGAAACUGGAGAAGGCUGUAAAAGCCAGCACCGAGGCCACUGAGCUGCUGCAGAAUAUCCGCCAGGCAAAGGAGCGAGCCGAGAGGGAGCUGGAGAAGCUGCAGAACCGAGAGGAUUCUUCUGAAGGCAUCAGAAAGAAGCUGGUGGAAGCCGAGGAACGUCGCCAUUCUCUGGAGAACAAGGUAAAGAGACUAGAGACCAUGGAGCGUAGAGAAAACAGACUGAAGGAUGACAUCCAGACAAAAUCCCAACAGAUCCAGCAGAUGGCUGAUAAAAUUCUGGAACUCGAAGAGAAACAUCGGGAGGCCCAAGUCUCAGCCCAGCACCUAGAAGUGCACCUGAAACAGAAAGAGCAGCACUACGAGGAAAAGAUUAAAGUGUUGGACAAUCAGAUAAAGAAAGACCUGGCCGACAAGGAGACGCUGGAGAACAUGAUGCAGAGACACGAGGAGGAGGCCCAUGAGAAGGGCAAAAUUCUCAGCGAACAGAAGGCGAUGAUCAAUGCUAUGGAUUCCAAGAUCAGAUCCCUGGAACAGAGGAUUGUGGAACUAUCUGAAGCCAAUAAACUUGCAGCAAAUAGCAGUCUUUUUACCCAAAGGAACAUGAAGGCUCAAGAAGAGAUGAUUUCUGAACUCAGGCAACAGAAAUUUUACCUGGAGACCCAGGCUGGGAAAUUGGAGGCCCAGAACCGAAAGCUGGAGGAGCAGCUGGAGAAGAUCAGCCACCAAGACCACAGUGACAAGAAUCGGCUGCUGGAACUGGAGACAAGACUGCGGGAGGUCAGUCUAGAGCACGAGGAGCAGAAACUGGAGCUCAAGCGCCAGCUCACAGAGCUACAGCUCUCCCUGCAGGAGCGUGAGUCACAGUUGACAGCCCUGCAGGCUGCCCGGGCGGCCCUGGAAAGCCAGCUUCGCCAGGCAAAGACAGAGCUGGAAGAGACCACGGCAGAAGCUGAAGAGGAGAUCCAGGCGCUCACGGCACAUAGAGAUGAAAUCCAGCGCAAAUUUGAUGCUCUUCGUAACAGCUGUACUGUAAUCACAGACCUGGAGGAGCAGCUAAACCAGCUGACCGAGGAUAACGCCGAACUCAACAACCAAAACUUCUACUUGUCCAAACAACUCGAUGAGGCUUCCGGCGCCAACGAUGAGAUUGUACAACUGCGAAGUGAAGUGGACCACCUUCGCCGGGAGAUCACAGAACGAGAGAUGCAGCUUACCAGCCAGAAGCAAACGAUGGAGGCUCUGAAGACCACGUGUACCAUGCUGGAGGAACAGGUCAUGGAUUUGGAGGCCCUAAACGACGAGCUGCUAGAAAAAGAGCGGCAGUGGGAGGCCUGGAGGAGCGUCCUGGGUGACGAGAAAUCCCAGUUUGAGUGUCGGGUUCGAGAGCUGCAGAGGAUGUUGGACACCGAGAAACAGAGCAGGGCGAGAGCCGAUCAGCGGAUCACCGAGUCUCGCCAGGUUGUGGAGCUGGCAGUGAAGGAGCACAAGGCGGAGAUUCUCGCUCUGCAGCAGGCUCUCAAAGAGCAGAAGCUGAAGGCCGAGAGCCUCUCUGACAAGCUCAAUGACCUGGAGAAGAAGCAUGCUAUGCUUGAAAUGAAUGCCCGAAGCUUACAGCAGAAGCUGGAGACUGAACGAGAGCUCAAACAGAGGCUUCUGGAAGAGCAAGCCAAAUUACAGCAGCAGAUGGACCUGCAGAAAAAUCACAUUUUCCGUCUGACUCAAGGACUGCAAGAAGCUCUAGAUCGGGCUGAUCUGCUGAAGACAGAAAGAAGUGACCUGGAGUAUCAGCUGGAAAACAUUCAGGUUCUCUAUUCUCAUGAAAAGGUGAAAAUGGAAGGCACUAUUUCUCAACAAACCAAACUCAUCGAUUUUCUGCAAGCCAAAAUGGACCAACCUGCUAAAAAGAAAAAGGGUUUAUUUAGUCGACGGAAAGAGGACCCUGCUUUGCCCACACAGGUUCCUCUGCAGUACAAUGAGCUGAAGCUGGCCCUGGAGAAGGAGAAAGCUCGCUGUGCAGAGCUAGAGGAAGCCCUUCAGAAGACCCGCAUCGAGCUCCGGUCCGCCCGGGAGGAAGCUGCCCACCGCAAAGCGACGGACCACCCACACCCAUCCACGCCAGCCACCGCGAGGCAGCAGAUCGCCAUGUCCGCCAUCGUGCGGUCACCAGAGCACCAGCCCAGUGCCAUGAGCCUGCUGGCCCCGCCAUCCAGCCGCAGAAAGGAGUCUUCAACUCCAGAGGAAUUUAGUCGGCGUCUUAAGGAACGCAUGCACCACAAUAUUCCUCACCGAUUCAACGUAGGACUGAACAUGCGAGCCACAAAGUGUGCUGUGUGUCUGGAUACCGUGCACUUUGGACGCCAAGCAUCCAAAUGUCUCGAAUGUCAGGUGAUGUGUCACCCCAAGUGCUCCACGUGCUUGCCAGCCACCUGCGGCCUGCCUGCCGAAUACGCCACACACUUCACUGAGGCCUUCUGCCGCGACAAAAUGAACUCCCCGGGUCUCCAGACCAAGGAGCCCAGCAGCAGCUUGCACCUGGAAGGGUGGAUGAAGGUGCCCAGGAAUAACAAACGAGGACAGCAAGGCUGGGACAGGAAGUACAUUGUCCUGGAGGGAUCAAAAGUCCUUAUUUAUGACAAUGAAGCCAGAGAAGCUGGACAGAGGCCGGUGGAAGAAUUUGAGCUGUGCCUUCCCGACGGGGAUGUAUCUAUUCAUGGUGCCGUUGGUGCUUCCGAACUCGCAAAUACAGCCAAAGCAGAUGUCCCAUACAUACUGAAGAUGGAAUCUCACCCGCACACCACCUGCUGGCCCGGGAGAACCCUCUACUUGCUAGCUCCCAGCUUCCCUGACAAACAGCGCUGGGUCACCGCCUUAGAAUCAGUUGUCGCAGGUGGGAGAGUUUCUAGGGAAAAAGCAGAAGCCGAUGCUGCCCGAGUCUGUGUUUCUUACGAGCUUCUGCCUGCCUGGGUUCAGAAAUUGCUUGGAAACUCCCUGCUGAAACUGGAAGGUGAUGACCGUCUAGACAUGAACUGCACACUGCCCUUCAGUGACCAGGUGGUGUUGGUGGGCACCGAGGAAGGGCUCUACGCCCUGAAUGUCUUGAAAAACUCCCUAACGCACGUCCCAGGAAUUGGAGCAGUCUUCCAAAUUUAUAUUAUCAAGGACCUGGAGAAGCUACUCAUGAUAGCAGGAGAAGAGCGGGCACUGUGUCUUGUGGACGUGAAGAAAGUGAAACAGUCCCUGGCGCAGUCCCACCUGCCCGCCCAGCCCGACAUCUCACCCAACAUUUUUGAAGCUGUCAAGGGCUGCCACUUGUUUGGGGCUGGCAAGAUUGAGAACGGGCUCUGCAUCUGUGCAGCCAUGCCCAGCAAAGUCGUCAUUCUCCGCUACAACGAAAACCUCAGCAAAUACUGCAUUCGGAAAGAGAUAGAGACCUCAGAGCCUUGCAGCUGUAUCCACUUCACCAAUUACAGUAUCCUCAUUGGAACCAAUAAAUUCUACGAAAUCGACAUGAAGCAGUACACGCUGGAGGAAUUCCUGGAUAAGAAUGACCAUUCCUUGGCACCUGCUGUGUUUGCCGCCUCUUCCAACAGCUUCCCUGUCUCGAUCGUGCAGGUGAACAGUGCAGGGCAGCGAGAGGAGUACUUGCUGUGUUUCCACGAGUUUGGAGUGUUCGUGGAUUCUUAUGGAAGACGUAGCCGCACAGACGACCUCAAGUGGAGUCGCUUACCUUUGGCCUUUGCCUACAGAGAACCCUAUCUGUUUGUGACCCACUUCAACUCACUCGAAGUAAUUGAGAUCCAGGCACGCUCCUCGGCAGGGACCCCUGCCCGAGCGUACCUGGACAUCCCGAACCCACGCUACCUGGGCCCUGCCAUUUCCUCGGGAGCGAUUUACUUGGCAUCCUCUUACCAGGAUAAAUUAAGGGUCAUUUGCUGCAAGGGAAACCUCGUGAAGGAGUCUGGCACUGAACACCACCGGGGCCCGUCCACCUCCCGCAGCAGCCCCAACAAGCGAGGCCCGCCCACGUACAACGAGCACAUCACCAAGCGCGUGGCCUCCAGCCCGGCGCCGCCCGAAGGCCCCAGCCACCCCCGAGAGCCAAGCACACCCCACCGCUACCGCGAGGGGCGGACCGAGCUGCGCAGGGACAAGUCUCCUGGCCGCCCCCUGGAGCGGGAGAAGUCCCCGGGCCGGAUGCUCAGCACGCGGAGAGAGCGGUCCCCCGGGAGACUGUUUGAAGACAGCAGCAGGGGCCGGCUGCCUGCGGGAGCCGUGAGGACCCCGCUGUCCCAGGUGAACAAGGUCUGGGACCAGUCUUCAGUAUAAAUCUCAGCCAGAAAAACCAACUCCUCAUCUCAAUCUGCAGGAAACACCAAACACACGAUGGAACUCUGCUGAUGGGGACCCAAGCGCCCACGUUCUCAGCCACCCUCUGGCUCAGUGGGGCCCAGACCCACCUCGGCACGGACACCCCUGUCUCCAGGAGGGGCAGGUGGCUGAGGCUCUUCGGAGCUGUCAGGCCCGGUGCCUGCCCUGGGCACCUCCCUGCAGCCAUCUCUUUGCACUUUGUUACUCUUUCAAAGCAUUCACAAACUUUUGUACCUAGCUCUAGCUUGUACCAGUUAGUUCAUCAAAGGAAACCAACCGGGAUGCUAACUACGAUGUGGUUAGAAUCCUAAUUAGCUACUUUAAUAUCCUAGGAUUGGUUGGUUUUUCUUUUUUUUUUCCCUUUGUUUCUUUUUUUUUUUUUUUUUAAGACAACAGAAUUCUUAAUAGAUUUGAAUAGCAACGUAUUUCCUGUUGUAGUCAUUUUUAGCUAGAUCACAUCAUCAGGUCUUUGCUACCGAGGCGUAGUAUAGAAGAGUCCCGGUCAGUUGGCCAACCUCCUGCAGCCACGUAGGUUCAUCCUUGUUCCUGUUCAUUCUCAUAGAUGGCCCUGCUUUCCCCAGGGUGACAUCAUAGCCAAAUGUUUACUGUUUUCAUUGCCUUUUAUGGCCUUGACGACUUCCCCUCCCACCAGCUGAGAAUGUACGGAGGUCAUCGGGCCUCAGCUCGGAGGCAGUGACUUGAGGUCAUCAGGCCUCAGCUCGGAGGCAGUGACUUGGGGCCAAGGGACCUCGAGACGCUUUCCUUCCCCGCCCCCCAGCGUCAUCUCCCCAGCCUGCUGUUCCCGCUUGCCAUGUAGCUUUGGCCAGGAAAGCAUGCAAUAGACUUGCUCGGAGCCCAGCACUCCUGGGUCUCGGGGUCGGGGAGGGGACGGGGGCACCCACCUCCUGUCUGUGACGGUGUGUUGUUCCCCACUGUGGGAUGGGGAAGAGGCCCGUCGGGAGUUCUGCAUGGCGGUUUACUGCAUGUGCUGCCCCCUUGGGUUGCUCUGCCAAUGUAUUAAUACCAUCCCAUAGCUCCUGCCGAAUCGAGACCCUCUGACGACUUGCCAACUAACUGGCCACCACAAGCUGCAGUCUGUAGCACUGAACAAACAAAAAAAACAAAACGCUCAAGCCUUACGACCAGAGAAGGAUUUCAGCAAACCACCACCUCCCACUCAGUGUCCCCUCCGAGCUUCACACUUCCCUGCCUGCCGAGGAUGACUCUGUUCACACCCAAUCCAGCGCGGUUCUACCCCACGAAACUGUGACUUCCCAAAUGAGCCUUUCCCUAGGGCUAGGGGACCUGAGACCAGGAAGUGUGAGAAAGCAGCCGCAGCUCAACUCUUCCAGCUCCGCCCGGGUUGGGAAGUCCUUAGGUGCAGUGCGGCUCCCACUGGGUCUCCGGACCCUCCUAUUAGAGUAUGAAAUUCCUGGCAACUGGUAUAGAACCAACCUAGAGGCUUUGCAGUUGGCAAGCUAACUCGCGGCCUUAUUUCUGCCUUUAAUCUCCCGCAAGGCAUCUGUUGCUUUGGGUCCUCCACGACUCUUAGGCCCGCCUCAACAACCCAGGCACCUCCUAGGUAGGCUCAAAGGUAGACCCGUUUCCACUGCAGCAGGUGAACACGACCGUGUUUUCAACCGUGUGUCCACAGUUCAGAUCCCUUUCCAGAUCGCAACCUGGCCUGCAUCCCAGCUCCUUCCUGCUCGUGUCUUAACCUAAGUGCUUUCUUGUUUGAAACGCCUACAAACCUCCAUGUGGUAGCUCCUUUGGCAAAUGUCCUGCUGUCGCGUUUCAUGUGUUGCUUGGAGUCUGUGGGGUCGUACUCCCUCCCCUCCCGUCCCCAGGGCAGAUUUGAUUGAAUGUUUGCUGAAGUUUUUGUCUCUUGGUCCACAGUAUUUGGAAAGGUCACUGAAAAUUGGUCUUUCAGUCUUGGCAUUUCAUUUAGGAUCUCCAUGAGAAACGGGCUUCCUGAGCCCUGAAAAUGUAUAUUGUGUGUUUCAUCUGUGAACUGCUUCCUGCUAUAUAGAACUAGCUCAAAAGACUGUACAUAUUUACAAGAAACUUUAUAUUCGUAAAAAAAAAAAAAAAAAGAGGAAAUUGAAUUGGUUUCUACUUUUUUAUUGUAAAAGGUGCAUUUUUCAACACUUCCUUUUGGUUUCAAUGGUGGUAGUUGUGGACGGCCAUCUUCACUGGAGGGUGGGGAGCCCCGUGAGACCACCAAGAUGCCAGCAGGAAAUAUCGUAACACGAAAUUGCUGUCAAAAGCUUAUUAGCAUCAAUCAAGAUUCUAGGUCUCCAAAAGUACAGGCUUUUUCUUCAUUACCUUUUUUAUUCAGAACGAGGAAGAGAACACAAGGAAUGAUUCAAGAUCCACCUUGAGAGGAAUGAACUUUGUUGUGGAACAAUUAGUGAAAUAAAGCAAUGAUCUAAAAAUGUG